CUCUCCCGGAAAUGGCGCACCACCUCCUCUCCACUCCUCCUCCUCUCCACCACUACUUUACUUUGCAAUCCCUCCACUCCGUCGGGCUCCCCUUCUCCACCCCCCGAUCCAUCGGAUCCUCCUCCUCCUCCACCACCGCGCGCGACACACGGCGCACCGCAGUCCGCCAUCGCGAUCGAUCCCGCGGCGGAAAAUCUCGACUUUGAUGCGACGACGGACCGGCGGGGGUGGUGAAUGCAGCAGCGUAGGCGGAAGGAGCAGCAGCAGCAGCAACGAUGAUGUUUGGGCUCGUGCAGCUGCUCGUCGGAUUCGUCGUCGCCUGGGAGACCCUCGAGUUCGUCCUCCGCUACGGCCUCCUCCUCUCCGCCCUCAAGCUCCUCGUCAUUGUGGGCUUCGUCACCGCGGCCUCAUGUCUAGCCCUCCUCUUGCUUGCCAAGGCUCUGACAUGGGUGCUCCGCCGCGUGGCCAAGCUCUCCAUCGGGUGCCGCUCCUACGGUCUCAAUUAUCUCAGGGGCAUCACCCUCAGCUCCCCAAAGGGACCGCUGCAGUCCAUCAGUAUCGGCGAAAUCAGGCUCGGCCUGCGGAAACCGAUCACCCAACUUGGAUUCACCAUACUGACCCAGGGCCCAAUACUGCAACUGCAAAUAUCUGACCUGGACAUCGUGCUCAGGCAACCCGCAAAAUCGGCAAACAAGAAGAAAUCUCCCCCGCGCAAGUCAACGUCAGCCUCAUCGGCCAAACCAAAAGGAAAAGCCAAAGGACAAGGGAAAUGGAGGCUCAUAACAAAUGUUGCCAGCCUUCUGUCACUUUCUAUAGUGGAGCUCAAGCUCAAGGCUCCAAAAGCUGCUGUUGGCUUCAAGGAGCUUAAGAUUGAUUUAUCUAAAACCGGGGCACUGCAUCCGGUUCUUAAUGUUGACAUACACCUGAUACCUUUAUUUGUACAAGCAUUAGAGGUAGAUGACACGGAAAAUGAUACCUCAGUAUUUAACAAAUUGGAUUGGUGGGUCAGUGGACAAUACUGUUCAGCCAUGGACACUUCUGACAGUAGCUCUUUCUUAUUUGAGGAUAUAGCGCUCUCAUGUGAGCUUCAUCAGAGGGAUAAAGGAAUUAGAGUCAAGAAUUUCGAUCUGAUUUUUGGUCCAAUUGUUGUGAACUUGGAAGAAAAACUAUUCACCAAGAAGAAGCUCUCUGCAUCUACUGUUGCUGAUCAGAAGGAUGAACCUGUUGUGGAUAAUAAACCAGCUGCCAAAUCUGAAGGGAGCAAGCUUUUGUCCUUGAAUAAGAAGAUCGAUUUGUUUCCUGAAAAGGUUAGCUUCAAUAUGUCCAAGCUAGAUCUGAAGUUUCUGCCAAACGACCAUGGCCUUUCAAUGAACAAUGAAAUCGGUAGCAUUUCUAUGAGACUUAUGAAGUCACAGCCACAGAAUGACUCCGGGGAGGCUGCAACACACCUUUGGUUGGAAACUGAUGUGACAGAUAUUCAUCUUCUAAUGGAUGGUGCUACCUCUGUAUUAGAGGUUGUGAAAAUUGCAACCAUUGUUUCAGCUAACAUUCCCACUCAGUCAACAUUGCCAAUUCGAGCAGAGGUAAAUAUCAAGAUUAGUGGGGCCCAAUGUAAUCUCAUUAUAAGCAGAAUUAAGCCACUGAUUUUGUUCAAGUCAGCUAAAAAGAAGCCCCUUGUUCUUCAUGAAAUUCCACAACAAGAGAAGGCUCCCAAAGAAAAAUUACCACUGGCUUUGGUACUUGCAUUCUCAGCACCCGAAUUAUCUGUUGUGGUUUACAGUCUAGAGGACAUACCACUCUUCCAUUGUUGCUUGCUGUCUACUCACUUUUCUGCAAGUAAGUUGGUUGACCAAGGACCUGAACUGCAUGCAAAGCUUGGAGAGUUAAAAUUCCUCGUUGUUGCCAAACAUCAACAGUUGAUAAAUGAAAGCAUUUCGGGCACCUUACUGCACAUUAGCAGCUCAACUCUUGAUCUGGAAAAAGAUGCAAGCAAAGAUAAUGGCGUUGACCAGACUAAAUCUGCUCUGUCUGUUAAUAUAUCUGGAGUAGGAAUGCAUUUCUGUUUUUACUAUCUUGAGUUGCUUUGUACAACAGCAAUGUCCUACAAGGGAUUUUUGAAAAGCAUUCGCCCCCCUAAGAAACGACCUGUACAGGAGGAUUCUUCUAAAAAAUCUACGAAGAGUGCUAAAGGAGCACAGCUAGUGAAGAUUAGUGUUGAGAAGUGCUCUAUUUUGUAUGAUGGUGACAUGAGGCUUGAAGAUAUGUCAGUAGCUGAUCCAAAGCGUGUAAAUUUUGGUUCACAGGGUGGCCGGGUUAUGAUAAUCGAUGAUGCCAAUGGUGGCCCAAGGAUGGCCUAUGUAAACUCCACCUGCCUUCCAGAUCAAAAACAUGUUAACUUCUCCACUUCUCUUGAGAUUAAUCGAUUUGGUGUAUGUCUGAACAAGGAAAAGCACUCCAUGCAGGUUGAACUCGGGAGAUCCAGAUUAAUACAUAAGGAAUAUCAGUUUGAUGAUAAUCCUGCUGUGGAGGUUACCCUUUUGGAUGUGCAAAAGGCAAAGUUCGUCAAGCGUUCUGGUGGGCCAAAUGACAAUGCAGUCUGCUCUCUGAUCAAUGUGACAGAUGUAGCAGUAAGGUGGGAGCCAGAUCCCUGUCUGGAAUUACUUGAAGUAGCCACACGGCUUAAAUCUGUUCUACACAGGCUGAAACUGCAGAAUUCUGUUACGGAGGUAAAAGACGAAACAGUGCAUGUGGAUACUUCGACAAUAAAGGAUCCUACAGACCAUGGCCAGCAAGAAAAGGCACAAAAGAAACGGGAAUCAGUUAUUGCCAUUGAUGUAGAAUCAUUGAAAAUUUCAGGUGAACUUGCAGAUGGAGUUGAAGCAACAGUUCAUGUUGGCUCUAUUUUUUCUGAGAAUGCAAAAAUUGGUGUUUUGGUUGAAGGAAUAGCACUCAAUUUUUGUGAUGCCCAACUUUUCAAAAGCAGCAGUAUACAGAUAUCACGCAUCCCGAUUUCCGUUUCGGGCAGCCUUCCUGAUAAGAAGCUUCAGUCUGCAGCUACAUGUGAUUGGGUUAUUCAAUGCCGAGAUGCUUAUAUAUGCCUACCUUUUAGGUUGCAGCUCCGAGCUAUUGAUGAUGCUGUUGAAGAUACAUUGCGAGCACUUAAACUUGUUUCUGCAGCGAAGACGUCUGUAUUAUUUCCUGAGAAGAAAUCUGGCAGCAGCAGCAGCAGCAGUAAAAAGAGCAAAUCAAAAUCCACAGUAUUUCGGUACGUAAGGGUAAUGGUACGUGACCUCACAGCAGAAAUCGAGGAAGAACCUCUUCAAGGUUGGCUUGAUGAGCAUAUGAGUUUAAUGAAGAAUGUAUUUAAUGAGUCCAUAGUUAGGUUGGAUCUGCUUGAUCAGCUUGAUUCAGCCAAAUAUAAAGACUCUCCCAAGGCAAAAUUAGAUGGCUCUGCUUCUGAGAAGAGCAAUGACUGCCCUGAUGUUUAUGUUGAUGCCCCUGGCGUGCAGUCGCUUGAAAAGCUUAGAGAAGAAAUACAUAUACAGGCAUUUAAAUCAUAUUACCAGGCAUGUCAGAAGUUGUCAGUAUCAAAAGGGUCAGGUGCAUGUUCAACUGGCUUCCAGUCAGGAUUUAAGAUGAGUACACGCAGGGCAUCAGUUAUGUCGAUCUGUGCAAAAGAUGUUGACUUGAGCCUAUCAAAGAUUGAUGGGGGAGAUGAAGGAAUGAUUAGUUUCAUUAAAAAUAUGGAUCCUGUUUGUGCAAAAAAUGAUAUUCCAUUUUCCCGGUUGUAUGGUAGCAAUUUGACUUUGAAAGCUAAAUCAUUAUCUGCUUAUAUAAGAGAUUACACAUUCCCACUAUUUUCUGGAACCUCUGCUAAAUGUAAUGGACGACUUGUGCUUGGCCAGCAGGCGACAACUUUUCAGCCCCAAGUUCGACAAGAUGUUUAUGUUGGGAAAUGGUGGCGAGUAAAUCUGCUACGUUCUGCAACCGGGUAUACCCCACCAAUGAAAACAUAUUGUGACAUACCAUUGUCUUUUCAAAGAGGGGAAGUCUCCUUUGGAGUUGGCUACGAGCCGGUUUUUGCUGACAUAAGCUAUGCUUUUACUUGUGCAUUACGGAGGGCAAAUCUAGCUAAAAGAUGGUACUUUGAGCGCCCCGAACCACCAAGAAGAGAACGCAGUUUACCCUGGUGGGAUGAUAUGCGGAACUAUAUUCACGGUAAUUUCAGCUUAUGUCUUGCUGAAACAAUGUGGCAUCUCCCUGCUGCAACAAGCCCUUACGAGAAGCUAGAUCAGUUGCUAAUCAGAACUGGACAUAUAGAAAUACGAUAUGUGGAUGGUUAUGUCAGUCUGUCUUCAAAGUGUCUAAAGGUGUACAUAACUAGCCUAGACAGUCUUGCGAAGAAAUGCACUCUGGAACCUCCACAUCAUACAGUUAUACCUUUCCUUGAAACACCCUACUUUUUCAUGGACAUUACGAUAGAGUGGGGAUGUGAUUCAGGUAACCCUAUGGAUCAUUAUAUAUUUGCUCUUCCUGUUGAGGUAAAACCACGAGACAAAGUUUUUGAUCCAUUUCGGUCAACCUCACUCUCACUAAAAUGGAGCUUUUCACUUAAACCUAGUACUGCUGAACCUGUGGAGAGUCAACACAAAACCCUGCCAGUUUCAAAUGAUUCUCCAACUCUGUAUGUUGGAGCUCAUGAUUUGCUAUGGUUAACCAAGUGGUGGAACUUAUUUUUUCUUCCUCCCCAUAAGUUAAGACUUUUCUCCAGGUUUCCACGGUUUGGAGUUCCUAGAUUUAUACGGUCUGGAAACCUGCCACUUGAUAGAGUUAUGACUGAACAGUGUAUUCGUUUUGAUGCUACACUAUUGCAGAUCAAAAAUAUGCCAUUACAGGCUAAUGAUCCUGCUAAAGGUUUGACACUGCACUUUACAAAACUUAGGUUGGAAAUUUCUUCCAGCCGUGGCAAGCAGAUAUUUACUUUCGACUGCAAGCGUGAACCUCUUGAUCUUGUCUACAUGGGCAUAGACAUGCACUUAUUAAAGGUAUUUAUCAAUAAUAUUCCUGAACAAACAAAUUCGAUGGACGCCCAGGUAGAAAGCAAGAAUCUGCAUACCAAAGUUACAGAUAAUGUCUUUUCUGAUAAGGGCAAAACAAAAGCUAGAUUGACUGAGAAAAGCCGGGAUGAUGGAUUUUUUCUGUAUUCUGAUUAUUUCACCAUACGAAAACAAACUCCCAAGGCAGAUGCUGCUAGAUUAUCAGCAUGGCAGGAGGACGGCAGGAAGAAAUCUGAGAAGGCAUCGUUCAAGUCUGAGUUUGAUGGGGGGGAUGAAAGUGACCAUGCAGAAUCAGGUAGUGAUGAGGAGGGGUUUAAUGUUGUCGUUGCUGACAAUUGCCAGCGAGUAUUUGUUCAUGGAUUAAAAAUUCUGUGGAAUCUAGAGAAUAGAGCUGCUAUCUUAUCUUGGGUUGGUGGUUUAACCCAGGCAUUUCAGCCUCCAAAACCAUCUCCUUCUCGCCAAUACACCCAAAGAAAGAUUCUUGAGCAAAAGCAGGCAAUUAAAGAAGCUGAGAUGUCUAAUGAUGGUGCUCUCAACUCUUCACCCUCAGCACCACAGUCUUCAGAUCCUCAACAGAUGAAGAGUUCAGACCCGCCUUCCUCCAGUGGAUCCAGCAGGCCAGAGCAAACAUCAAGUAGUGAAUCAGUAACGAAGCCCUCAAACAGUCGUGAUUCUGAAGAGGAGGGUACGAGCCUUUUCAUGGUUAAUAUUGUCCAACCUCAGUUCAAUCUACAUUCGGAAGAAGCAAAUGGUAGGCUUCUGCUUGCUGCUGGUAGUGGACGGGUGAUGGUUCGUUCAUUUCACUCAGUUGUUCAAGUUGGUCAAGAAAUGUUUGAGAAAACAAUUGGUGCCAGUAACGUAUCCAUUGGAGAAACCAAGCCAGAAAUGACCUGGUCACGUUUUGAGGUCUCUGUGAUGUUGGAGCAUGUUCAGGCUCAUGUUGCUCCAACUGAUGUUGAUCCUGGUGCUGGUAUUCAGUGGCUGCCAAAAAUACAUCGCAAAUCGUCAGAAGUCAAGCGAACUGGUGCUUUACUUGAGAGGGUAUUUAUGCCAUGUCAAAUGUUCUUCCGCAUCACAAGACACAAAGGAGGAAAUCCUGAACUAAAGGUCAAACCACUUAAAGAACUGGCGUUUAACUCUCCAGAUAUAACUGCUGGUAUGACAUCACGUCAAUUUCAGGUUAUGAUGGAUGUUUUGACUAAUCUGCUCUUGGCAAGAACUCCCAGAAACCGGAAGAGUAAUCUGUGCUAUCCCCUUGAUGACGAUGAUAAUGACAUUGCUGAAGAAUCUGAUGCAGUUGUACCAGAUGGAGUCGAAGAGGUGGAGUUAGCAAAGAUCCAUGUAGAAGUAAAAGAAAGAGAACGGAAGAUAUUGUUUGAUGAUAUCAGAAUAUUGUGUACCGGCAGCGAAGUAUCUGGUGAUCCAAGUCAGUCCCCAAAAUCUGAUGAUGCUACAUCAGUUGUUACUGGUUCAAAGUCAAUGCUGGUUAAACGUCUGAAGCAAGAACUACUAAAUGUUCUGAAUGAUAGAAAAGAAGCAUAUUGCUUGCUAAGAAGUGCUAUGCAGAAAGCUGCACAAGUGAGGUUGAUGGAAAAGGAAAAGAACAAAAGUCCUUCAUGUGCCAUGAGAGUUUCGAUGAGGAUAAACAAGGUUGUCUGGAGCAUGCUAGCAGAUGGAAAAGCCUUUUCUGAAGCUGAAAUAAAUGAUAUUAUUUAUGAUUUUGAUCGGGACUACAAAGACAUAGGCAUUGCUCAGUUGACAACCAAGUUGUUUGUUCUCAGAAAUGGUCUUGCUAAUGCAAAAUCAGAUACUGUUGUUGCUCCCUGGAAUCCACCGUCUGAAUGGGGAAAGAAUGCAAUGCUUCGUGUUAAUGCAAGACAAGGAGCUCCAACUGAUGGGAACUCGGUAAUUGAGAGUUUGCUGGUGGAUAUUUAUCCGCUGAAAAUUUACUUGACAGAAGCAAUGUACAGAAUGAUGUGGGGAUAUUUCUUCCCUGGUGAUGAGCAACACCCACAGAAGCGGCAGGAACUUUUCAAAGUCUCUACUACAGCAGGGACACGGCGAGUUAAGAAAGGCUCUUCUGUUACAGAAACGACCAGUCCCAGUAAUCAGUCAUCAAAAGAAUCCACACUUGCACAAAAGGCUGAACUUGACAGGUCAUGGGAGGAAAAUGUGGCUGAAUCUGUAGCUAAUGAACUUGUUUCACAAAUCCAGGGUCAGUCAAAUGCCCAAACAGAAUCCCAAGACGCUGCUAAGGAUGCGAAGUUAGUAAGAUCUGCUCGUUCCACUCGUGAAGAGAAGAAGCCUGUAGAGCCUAAUGAGGUGAAACAAUCUAGACCUCAGAAAAUGAUGGACUUCCGGAAUAUAAAGAUAAGCCAGGUUGAAUUGCUUCUCACGUAUGAGGGGUUGCCAUUUGCUGUUAGUGAUGUAAGGCUACUCAUGGAUACCUUUCAUCGUGAAGAUUUUACUGGGACAUGGCCAAGACUGUUUUCACGAGUAAAGAAACAUAUUGUAUGGGGAGUACUGAAGUCAGUAACUGGCAUGCAGGGUAAAAAAUUUAAAGCUAAAUCUUCUAGCCAAAAAGAGCCAACUACAGGAUUAAUCGCAGCCAGUGAUUUUAAUUUGAGUGACAGCGAUGAAGAAGGAGGAAAUUCUGAUCAACUACCAGCUUUCCUUCGAAAACAAAGUGAUGGAGCUGGUGAUGGAUUUACCACCUCUGUCAAGGGAUUGUUCAGUUCACAAAAAAAGAAGGCAAUGCAUUUUGUCCUGAAGACUAUGAAAGGAGAUGGUGAUCAGGAUUUCCAGGGUGAACGGAGUGAGAACGAUAUUGAAUUCUCUCCGUUUGCUCGGCAGUUGACUAUAACAAAAACAAAGAAGCUUAUUAAGAAGCACACGAAAAAGUUGAAGUCUCAAGUUCCCCAAAAUGCAGGUACUGAGCAAGAACACGGGCCAGACUUGCCACCGCGUGGUCCUUCUGGGAACCAUGCAGGCUCCUCCUCCUCUUCCUCUUCCUCUUCUGACAGCGAUGAGCCAAUACCGGUGGAAAUGAGCCCGAAAGACUAGGCAGCGUGGACAGGAUGAUUCUUUGCUCCAGUAAAAGCUGGUUGACGGAUGCACGGUGCAUGCGAAUUCGUGGGUUAAAACAGCUGUGCCUGAACAGUUGGUGUGCGAUGCUUCAUUCCAGAUUUCAGUUGGAUAUACAUCGGUAUUGUUGAUGCAUGUGAAGCAUUAUUUUCCGAGAGCACAUAGAAACUUUUGAAAAUAAGAUGUAGGCGCAUUUCACCACCCCUUUCACUGGAUGGAUGGUUGAGACAAAUAGUAUCCAUGUUGAGCUAUGGUCGAAUUUCCUGCAAUCAGUGGUAGUAAUCUGAUGAGCUGCAGGAAGUGAAAUGAAAACCCUCAUCGCUUAUGGUCUGUAACUGUCAA